CCUUCUGCAGUACAUCCUUAAUGGUUGCCAACGGACUAAUUGAAAGGGCUGCCGAGCUCUUGGCCACGUGUCAGCGGCACUUGUCAAGCGCAACACGGCGGGUGAGAUCGGCGGCCGUUGGCCGCAAACUUGAUUCGCGGUUUUCCUCUGGUCGAUACGUUAUUCCAUUUGUUUCUAAUGGAAUUAGAAGGUUAACUACUGGCUGUACCUUGAGAAAAGGAUUCUCGAGGCAUUCAAUGAGGACGAUGGAGGAGGAGAAUGAGGAACAAGAGGAAGAGGAGAUGUGGAAGAAGACAAUAUUAAUGGGAGAAAAAUGUCAGCCGCUGGAGUUCUCCGGGGCCAUCUACUACGACAGCAAAGGGAGCAAGUUGGCCAUGCCACUGAGGUCGCCGAUUCGAACGCCGCUUCUCACCACAUACAAUGAUGAAAAGGAGAGGAAUUGAGUGCAACAAAAUGGAAACUAGGCUAGUUCCUAUAAUGCUAAGGAUGAUAAUCAUUUUGUAGAGAUUAUAUAUGCUUUUUAUGGUGUUUUAUACAAAUAAGAAUUGAGCG